AUGGAGGAAGUGGAGGAGGCCAACAGGGAAGCCGUGCAGAGCUGCCACAGGGUGCUCGCCUUGCUCUCCCAGCCGCAUGACCCCGCGCAGGUCAGGAGCAUAGCUCUGGGCACAGACGAAGCAUGUGCCAAGUUCAGGAAGGUGGUCUCCCUACUCAGCAAUGGAGGAGUGGGAGUAGGAGAAGCCGGACCAUCAGGCGCACUUGUAAGCGCAAGCGCAAGCGGAAGCCAUCCGAGAGCUAAGCUUGUUAGCAGAAAACAGAAUCCAGGGUUCUUAACUCAGAAAGGCUUCCUGGAUAGUAACACCCCGGUCGUGGUGCUGAACAGCGCCCAUCCUUCUCCUACCUCCGCGCAGGUGUAUCCUAGAGCUGGAGCUCUGGAUGCACAGGGCGUGCAUCCCCUCGGAGGACCUCCUAAGCUGGUCCAGCCUUUGUCUGCGCAUUUUCAGUUUGGCAAUGUGUCGUCACGGUAUCAGUUCCCGAAUCAGCAGCAGCAGAAGUUGCAGGCUGAGAUGUUCAAGAGAAGCAACAGCGGGAUUAACUUGAAGUUUGAGAGCACCAGUGGUACUGGGACAAUGUCAUCGGCGAGGUCCUUCUUGUCGUCUCUGAGCAUGGAUGGUAGUGUGGCUAGCCUGGAUGGCAAGUCAUCGUCGUUCCAUUUGAUCGGUGGGCCUGCAAUGAGCGAUCCGGUGAACGCGCAGCAGGCCCCAAGGAGGCGAUGCACGGGUCGUGGGGAGGAUGGGACUGGCAAGUGCGCUGUGACAGGGAGGUGCCAUUGUUCAAAGAGAAGUAGGAAGUUGCGGGUGAAGAGGUCGAUUAAGGUUCCUGCCAUUAGUAAUAAGAUUGCUGACAUACCUCCGGAUGAAUACUCAUGGAGGAAGUAUGGGCAGAAGCCAAUUAAGGGUUCCCCUCAUCCUAGGGGUUACUACAAAUGCAGUAGUGUGAGGGGCUGCCCAGCUAGGAAGCAUGUCGAACGGUGUGUGGAUGAUUCUUCGAUGCUCAUCGUGACAUAUGAGGGCGAGCACAACCACACCAGAAUGCCAACUCAGUCAGCACAGGUGUAG